AUGUUCCUAUUUGGAUGCACUUUUUGUUCACAUCCUGAUGAUGGAACUCAUUGCACAAUAAAAGAUGUUAAUAGCGGACAAUGUGAAUGUGAACGUGCAAAUUAUGAUUCUCUUUUCUCUGCUUUUUUGACUGUUUUUCAGAUUUUGACUUGUGAGGAUUGGAAUAUGGUUUUGUUUAAUGGAAUGUCACAUACAACUCCAUGGGCAGCUCUUUAUUUUGUUACACUUAUGACUUUUGGCAAUUAUGUUCUCUUUAAUCUCUUAGUUGCCAUUCUUGUUGAAGGCUUUCAAGAAAGCAAGGAAGAAGCUCUCAAGAGAGCAGAGGAGGAAGAGAAUGAACGAAAAAUGGAACUGGAAAUGCUUAUUGCCAGAACUACUCUAAAUGCUUUUUUGAAAAAGAAAUGUAGUUGUGGCCAAGACAAUAUUACGGUUGUUCGAGAACAAUUAGGAAAGAAAAUUAUUGAGAAUGAACGAAGGAAGUCUCGUCAAUUCUCAAUUUCUGUUGAUAAUAAAGAUCUUAUGGAUGUUCGACAGCAACAGAGACGCAGAAGAGAAAGCUAUGCACCUGGCAGAAGACUAACAUGGCAAAGACAUUCAUCUCUAUCAGUGCCAAGAGGACCUCACCUUGAUGGUAUGCACCAGCAAUUCAACUCUUCCCAUUCACUCAAUGUACAUUCCUCUCUCUUCGAUCCUCAGUGUCCAUUGCAUGGACAUCGCGCAAUUCUGGAAGCUUAUACACGUGAAAAAUAUCUCAAAGCAAGUGAAGAACUACAACAUGCUUUGGCGGAAGAACAAGAUAGAGUCCAACAAAAAAGAAAUAUUUGGUGGAGAAGAUUAUUUAGAAAAACCUUCUUGUAUAAGAGGUCGGAUCAUUCCCUGUUUUUGUUAUCAAGGAACAAUAUUAUUAGAGAGAAUUGUUUUCGUUUGACUCAACGCAAAUGGUUUGACUAUGUAAUUUUAAUGUGUAUAAGCUUGAAUUGUGUUACUCUUGCAAUGGAAAGGCCAAGUAUUCCACCUCAAAGUGCCGAACGUUUCUUUCUUUCAAUAACUGGUUAUGCCUUUACUCUUAUAUUUACCCUUGAAAUGGUUGCUAAAAUUAUUGCAAAUGGUUGCUUUUAUGGUUCAGAUGCUUAUUUCAAGGAUGGUUGGAAUAUUUUGGAUGGUUGUUUGGUGUUAAUAUCAUUGAUUAACGUUAUUAUGGAGAUUUUCGUUAGUGGAGAUUCACCCAAAAUAUUUGGCGUUAUUCGUGUUUUACGACUUCUGCGUGCUCUUCGUCCUCUACGUGUCAAACUUGUUGUCAUGACUUUAAUCAGCUCUUUAAAGCCAAUUGGAAAUAUCGUUCUCAUAUGUUGCACUUUCUUCAUAAUUUUUGGUAUUCUUGGUGUGCAACUAUUUAAAGGAACAAUGUUUCAUUGUGUUGGACCUCACGUUCAAAAUGUUAGCACGCGUUCUGAAUGUCUUAUUGAUCCUAACAAUCGAUGGAUAAACCAUCGAUAUAAUUUUGACAAUCUCGGCCAAGCAUUGAUGUCACUUUUUGUUCUUUCAAGCAAAGAUGGAUGGGUCUCAAUAAUGUAUCAGGGUAUUGAUGCUGUUGGAGUUGAUAUGCAACCAAUAGAGAAUUAUAAUGAAUGGAGAAUGAUUUAUUUUAUUUCUUUUCUACUUCUUGUCGGCUUCUUUGUUUUAAAUAUGUUUGUUGGUGUUGUAGUUGACAAUUUUCAUAAAUGUAAGGAAACACUCGAAGCAGAAAUGCGCGAAAAGGCACAAAAAAAGAAAAUGAAGAGACGCUUAAAACGUCAACAAUUUGCCGAAAUUGAACUUAUAAAGAAGAAAAAAGAAAAAGUAAAAUCACAUCCAUAUUGGGCAAAAUAUGGGCGAAGACGUGCAAUUAUAAAUAAUGUGGUUACAAGCAAAUACUUUGAUUUGGCAAUAUCUGCAGUUAUUGGAUUAAAUGUUGUUUCAAUGGCUAUGGAAUUUUAUAUGAUGCCAAAUGGUUUGAGGUAUUUAUUGAGAGCACUCAAUUAUUUAUUUACUGCUGUAUUUACGUUGGAAGCUGCAGCAAAACUUUACGCUCUUGGAUUUGGACGUUUCUUCGCUGAACGUUGGAAUCAAUUAGAUAUGUUUAUUGUACUCCUUUCUAUUGCUGGUAUUAUAUUUGAAGAAUUUGAAGCUUUAGAAUUGCCUAUAAAUCCAACAAUAAUUCGUGUUAUGCGAGUUCUUCGAAUUGCUAGAGUAUUAAAAUUAUUAAAAAUGGCAAAAGGCAUAAGAUCACUUUUGGAUACUGUUGGCGAAGCAUUACCUCAAGUUGGCAAUCUUGGCUCACUUUUCUUCCUACUUUUCUUUAUAUUUGCUGCACUUGGCGUUGAACUAUUUGGACGAUUAGAAUGCUCUGAGGAACAUCCAUGGUUACUUUCUGUUUUUUCUAUUUUAUUUAUUUUUUAG